AUGACUAAAACUCGUGUUCCACCACCGUUGGGCUUGAUACGACCGAGUCAAACAAGUGUUCACUUUCAACUAGUGGUGGUUCAACAGCCUGUUCGUGCUCGAUCAUGUGGCUUUGGCGAAAAGGAUAAACGACCUAUCGACCCACCUGUAAUUCUACAGCUGCAUAAGGAAACGCAAGGGACAUUGCAUCGUGUCAGCACCGUGGACAAUGUAGGGCUCUUUGUAGUACAGUGCCAACUGUAUUCUGAAGAUGGCAAGCACCUAUGCGAUCAUGUGUUUCACCCAGCGACGAUCCAUCCACCCCAACAAGGUGUGCUUAGCUUUCAGGAACCCGUACUCUAUCGUAAUUUACUCGGUGUCGUCGUUUCCAAUGGAUACCAAUUACUCGAUAUCCAUGGUGAUCCAGGCAUCUUUUUCGUCUUUCAAGAUCUAUCGGUACGCACUGAAGGUCGUUAUCGGCUUAAAUUCCUGUUUAUUGAUCUGUCGGCAGGGGAACCAUUGACGAUGAGCACCCAAGUAUUGAACGAGGUGUUUUCGGAUCCAUUUACGGUGUACACACCCAAAACUUUUCCUGGCAUGACAGAUUCGACAACCUUGUCAAGAUCUUUUGCUAAUCAAGGCAUCAAGUUGUCCAUACGCAAAGAAAAACGUAUCCGCAAAUUGGGUGAUAGUAUCUAUGGCGACAAGAAUGAUCAGCAACAACAGCAACAGACAAGCCAGUGA